AUGCCAUCAAUUCGUAUCCUCGCCAUCUCCGACACACACAACGAAUGGCCAUACUCUUCAGAAGACCCUGCGCCUAAGGUCGACGUAUUCAUCCACUGUGGCGACCUCACAGAGUACGGCGGCCUACCAAGCUUCCAGCGUGCCAUCGACAGCAUCAAAUCUAUCGAUGCCGAGCUCAAAUUAGUCAUUGCUGGUAACCACGAUGAGUUUGCUGAAGACGAGGACGACAUGAAAAUCGGCGCAAAAUGUCUUUCACUUCUCGAGUCGCAACAGGAUCACGGCAUCUUCUUUCUGAAUGAAGGUACACAUUCCUUCACCUUGGAAGAUGGACGAUUUUUCACCGUGUAUGCAACGCCAUAUACACCCAAAUUCGGAGAAUUCGCCUUUCUGUAUGCCGAUGAAGAAGACAGGUUUAACAAGGGUAGCAAUACUGUGCCAGAAGGGGUAGACAUUGUUAUCUCACACGGUCCACCUGCAUUUGAUUAUCUGUCUGGGUAUAGGCUCGACGUGAGUAAGAGAGGGGAGCACUGCGGAUGCAAAAAGCUGGCCAAGGCGUUGGAAAGGGCUCGACCAAGGCUAUGCUGCUUUGGUCACAUCCAUGAAGGCCGUGGGGCAGCCAAGGUGCACUGGACACCUCAGAAGCUGGAGGAAAUCGUUACCAAUAGGGUUGCAACUCAAGUUCGAAAGCAUGGCAAAUGGUUGGAGACUGUGUUGGUAAAUGCAGCUGUACUUGGUGAAGGCAAGGGCUGGCUCGUCGAUCUUGAGUUGUAA